AUGAGUGAACAAGCGCAUUACAAUGUGCGCCAGAGUGCGUCUCACGCCAAAUCAAUAGGCAUUACGCAACGCGCAACGCCUCUGCGAUUCCCAUGGGUCGGCGAUUUGCGCGUGAGAUUCUCGGAUUUUCAAGUCAAUGAGAUUGGAAAAGACGGAGCUGUUGUGCAUCUGCACAAGAUUGGGCUGAAUGGUCAAGAUAAGCAGGAGCAGCAAGAACCUGCCAGCAAUGCUGGUAAUGCCGAUGCCAAUGAUGCCAACGACACGCCUCAAGAGAAGGAGAUCAUAGAAGUUCCGGCAGAAGAUGUCACUGCUCUCAGCAACCUGGCUGGUGAAAAGUUUGCGGAAGAGCUCGUCCAGCUGUUCAGAGACAGCCAAGUGGAAGCUUCAGAAAAGAAAAAGCCAGUUGUCUCCGAGCCAGUGGAUGACAGGUCCAAAAGAGGCGAAAUUCAUCAGGAAAUCCGACGGAUUUUCAACUCCAGGAUAGAGACUAGCACGGACGAUGCUGGUGCCAUCAUUGCAAGCUUUUCGGCACCCACGAAGCGAGGCAAGAGAGGCCGAGGCGGACGCAAUCGCAAUCGGAACAAGCAAGAUGACCAGCCGAUUGGCGAGUAUCUUCACUUUACGCUCUUCAAAGACAAUCGCGACACCAUGGAUGCCGUCAACCAGAUUGCCCGUAUUCUCAAGGUGAAGCCGCAGGUGAUCAAUUAUGCAGGCACCAAGGACCGACGUGCUUCUACAGUCCAACGUUGCUCUGUCCGAUACACACGGGAUCGAAGCCUCGCAGGCAUCAACGGAAAGCUCUGGGGAAUAACAACGGGCGACUACGAGUACAAGUCAGAGCCUAUCCAUCUAGGAGAGCUGCUAGGAAAUGAGUUUGCCAUUACCAUCAAAAACUGUCAAAUCGUCGGCGAAGCCAGCGCCAAGCCAAUUUCCGAGCAGGUCGAUUUGAUGCGUUCCAAUGUCCAGUCUGCAUUGGACCAUAUGACCGAGCAUGGCUGGAUUAACUAUUUUGGCCACCAGAGAUUUGGCACCCACCAGAUUGGAACUCAUGAAGUUGGAAAGCUGAUUUUGGGAGACAACUACGAGGGUGCAAUCAAUGCUAUCCUCGCCUAUGAUGAAGAGAUUGCCCAAAAGGCAGAAACAGAAGGAAUCCCCGAGGAGCCGGCCAAGAGGGACGAAUACAGUCGUCACCUUGCCUGCAUGCUGUUCAGGACCGAAAAAGACGUCGAAAAGGCCAUUGAGAUUAUGCCCAGGCGAUUCUCAGCCGAAGUGUGCGUUCUUCGACACCUAAACAGGCAAGGCAAGCAGUCCAGAAGAGACUUUGUCGGCGCCCUCAUCCACAUCACCAGAGGAUUACGAUCAAUGUACCUCCACGCAUGCCAGUCCCACGUGUGGAACCACGCCGCGAGCAGGCGAUGGGAGCUCCACGGCGAAAAGGUCGUCAAGGGAGACCUCGUCAUCGUUGAAACCGAGGCCGCCCCCCAGGUCAGCGGCCAGGACCAGGACGGCGACGACAUCAUCAACCCAUCAGCCGAGUACGACGACGACGACGUCCCCCUGCGCGCCAGACCCCUGACCGAGGAAGAGGCGUCCAGCGGCAAGUACACGGUGCACGACAUCGUCCUCCCCACGCCGGGCUACGACGUCAUCUACCCGGACAAUGAGAUUGGCGAGUUCUACAAGGAAUUCAUGGGCCGCGAGGAGAACGGCGCGCUGGACCCGCACAAGAUGCGCCGCAUGCGCCGCGAGUUCAGCUUGCCCGGGCGGUACCGCAAGCUCAUGAACAGGUUCCUCGCCAAACCCGCCGUCGAGUUCAAGACGUACGUGAGCGACGAGGAGCAAAUGCACCCUACCGACCUGGACAUCAUCAGAGCCGCACAUAGAGCCGGCGGUAGCAACAAGCGCUCUCGCGAAGAAGGCGAUGAUGCAAGACCGAGCAAAGUAGCCAAGGUGGAAGGAGAAGACCAAGCUUCCAACGAGGCUGCAACUGGAAACGACAAGGCUGAAGAAGUUCCAAAGGCAGAAGAAGCCAUGGAAGUGGACCAGCCGCUCAAAAUCGCCGCGGUCAUCAAGUUCCAGCUCGGCAGAAGUGCCUACGCCACCGUCACGCUUCGAGAACUCAUGGGAGACCCCCCUGAGACCAACACAGCUUAA